AGCACUCUCACCAGUGACCAGGCCUCCCCUUCCACUCUAAAUCAAAGCUCACUCGGCGUGUUCUUCGCUCCUUGAUAGCGCUGUCUCGAGCACCGUCUUAAUCAGGAUGGAUUUUGAAUCUUUGGUGGAUGAUGGCAACUAUCUGGGUUCAGAGCGCGUCAGGCUCGAAAACCAGGUCAUCCUCGAUGAACUCGAGCGCAAAAAGAAGGCUAGGACUAUGGCCGUUCCUACCGAUGACAACCGAGUCAAAGCAAGGCUAAGGGAACUUGGAGAACCCAUCACCCUAUUCGGAGAACGAGCCGCUGACCGCAGAGACCGACUCAUCUAUGUCACUUCGCAAAUAAAUGCGGCGCGGGGCGAUCAACCUAUGCAAGUGGACGAAGACUCGUCCUCAGAUAGCGAAGAAGAGCAAGAGGAGUUUUAUUCUCCUGGAUCGCUUGAGUUGCUUGAAGCUCGCAGGCGCAUCGCGGAAUACUCUUUGCCGAGAGCUCAAAAACGCGUCACCCAGCAGCGGAUCGACAGUAAGAUGGAUCUGGGGCGCAUAGUCGACAUUCGAAAGCGUGCAUUUGCUGAGGUCAAGAAAUUCUCGAAUCUGGGCUCACAGAUCGGAGACGAACGACCUAUAUCCCAAGUCCGGUUCUCUCCCAACAAUGAGUUCCUCGCUACGGGAAGCUGGUCGGGAACUGUCAAAAUCUGGAAUGUCCCCGCCUGUACCAUUUCGCACACCAUGCGAGGACAUAGCGAUCGCGUCGGGGGUGUCGCUUGGCAUCCCAAUGCAACUUUGUCGCAGCCCAGAGGCGUCGUCAAUCUGGCAAGCGGUGGAGGCGAGGGCAACGUGAAUCUUUGGGGAUUGGACUCCGAGUCGCCUCUGGCAGUAUUGAAAGGACAUCAGAACCGCGUUUGCCGGGUUGCCUUUCAUCCAUCGGGUGACUAUGUCGGCAGUGCUAGUUUCGAUACGACCUGGCGACUUUGGGAUGUCAACACCUCUAAAGAGCUGCUACUACAAGAGGGACAUUCAAAAGAGGUGUAUUCGGUAGAGUUUCAAGAUGACGGCGCAUUAGUCGCUUCCGGUGGUCUUGACGCGAUCGGACGUGUUUGGGAUCUACGGACCGGUCGUACGGCGAUGGUGUUGGAUGGUCAUGUCCAGGCCAUCUAUUCUAUCGCAUUCUCGCCGAACGGGUACCAAAUAGCCACCGGGUCCGGCGAUGAUACUCUGCGAAUAUGGGAUCUAAGAUCGCUCAAGUCGCUGUACAACAUUCCUGCGCACCGGUCCAAUGUGUCCGACGUGCGUUUCUUCCGGACAGACGAGACGAAUUUCCCGGGCGGAGCGGGCACUGCCGAGCCCAUGGAUGAAGAUGCCAGUCAUGACAAGCCGUCGCUUGCGAUGGACGAGUGGAAAUAUCGGUCUGGUCUGUAUUUGGCGAGCUCAGGGUACGAUGGACAAGUGAAGCUGUGGAGUGCGGAUGACUGGCAGCUCCUUCGCACUCUGUCCACUGAUGCAGGCAAGGUGAUGUCCGUCGACAUCGCCAGCAACGGAAAACUUCUUGCCUCAGGGACGUACAAUCGAAACUUCCAGCUGUUCUCUCCAGAGGAUAUGUAAUUGCAAAAAAAGAAUGAGAUUUGCAUCAUUCGGUCGUUAUAUCCGUGGGAUCCAAUACCAAUAAUUUCCACGUGCCAUGUAACUCUCUCCGUCCAUGUCACAGUAAUCACAGUGAUUGCCACUGCACGCUUCUGCGGAAAGACUGUUCAACCUGGUAACAAGGGGGCUGCAAGUCAGGGUCUGAUUGGAAUGCUUCG